CCCAACCCCCAACGGUCUCGAUGCGGAGAGCAUGUGCGGGUGUCAGUCUAUCCCAGCUGGACGGACACAACACAGUUUGCAAUACAGGACGCACCAGACCGAUACCUUUGGGCUUUUCUUUUGGAUUUUACGUUUCCCUCCGUACGUUUUUGUUGCUUAAGUGCUAAAGUUUAAAUCGGGACUUGUUGUCCUUUUGGGGGAGUUUCACGUUUUUGGCUUUUGGCACCAGACGCAUCUGUCAUCGACUGCUACUGGGUGCCUGGAGCUGCCUGCAGUCAUGCCGGCCGGGUUUCAGCAACUUGGAGGGGAGACAUUGACUGGAACCUUUGUUCUCUCAGUCUUCACUGCUGUCCUGGGAUCUCUUGAGUUUGGAUACAAUAUUGGCGUCAUCAAUGCACCUCAGAAGAUCAUUGAGGCGGACUAUAAUGCUACAUGGGUGCACCGGUAUGGAGAGCCCAUCCCCACAGGGACCCUCACCUCCCUCUGGUCCCUGUCCGUGGCCAUCUUCUCCUUCGGUGGCAUGCUGUCCUCCUUCUGUGUGGGCUUCAUCUCCGAGUGGCUGGGCAGGAGGAAAGCCAUGCUCAUAAACAACAUGUUUGCCUUCAUUGGUGGGAGUCUGAUGGGGUUGUCCAAGCUCUGCCGCUCCUUCGAAAUGUUGAUCCUCGGUCGCUUUAUCAUUGGCGUCUACUGCGGGUUGGCAUCAGCCUUGACACCUAUGUAUGUGGGUGAGAUAGCUCCUACGAGUCUGCGAGGGGCACUGGGCACGCUGCACCAACUGGCUAUAGUCACUGGUAUUCUCAUAGCACAGGUCCUCGGUCUUGAGUCAUUACUGGGGAUUGAGGACUUGUGGCCAGUUCUGUUGGGUUUAGCCAUUGUGCCGGCUGUAUUUCAGAUGGCACUUCUGCCUUUCUGCCCCGAGAGCCCCCGCUUCCUCUACAUCGUCCGCUGCCAGGAACACCAAGCCAAGAGAGGCUUGAGGAGGCUGACGGGCAGGCAGGAGGUGGGCAGCAUGCUGGCGGAGAUGAAGGAGGAGAAGAGAAAGAUGGAUAUGGAGAGAAAGGUGUCCAUUCUGGAGCUCUUUCGCUCGCCGCUCUACCGCCAACCCAUCAUCAUUUCUAUCCUGCUGCAGCUCUCCCAGCAGCUGUCUGGGGUCAAUGCAAUUUUCUACUACUCCACCAGUAUCUUCAUGAAGGCAGGAGUCCAGAGUCCAGUCUAUGCCACCAUUGGAGCCGGCGUGGUAAACUGUGCCUUCACUGUCGUCUCGCUCUUCCUCAUAGAAAGGAUGGGUCGACGGACGCUCCACAUGCUGGGACUUGGUGGGAUGUGCAUCUGUGCCAUCAUCAUGACCACAGCUCUUGCUUUGUUGGACAGUGUCCCAUGGAUGAGCUACAUCAGCAUGCUGUCGAUCUUUGGCUUUGUGGCCUUCUUUGAGAUCGGUCCGGGUCCCAUCCCUUGGUUCUAUGUAGCUGAGCUGUUCUCUCAGGGUCCGAGGCCGGCUGCCAUGGCUGUGGCUGGCUUCUCCAACUGGACUGCUAACUUCAUCAUCGGCAUGUGCUUCCAAUAUGUUGCUGACCUGUGUGGGCCAUACGUCUUCCUGAUCUUUGCAGCACUCCUCCUCUUCUUCCUCAUUUUCACAUUCUUCAGGGUGCCAGAGACGCGGGGAAAAACCUUUGACCAGAUCGCCGCAAAUUUCGAUCUGCACUCUACAGCAGGAAUGAUGGAUAUGGAUAUGGACAUGGACCUGGACAAGCCCAGCACCGAGCUGGACUACUUGGGGGAGGAAAGCAUCAACUGAAGGUCCCCUGCCUGAAGAGAAAUGGGACUGCGUACAGCUUGGGAUGAACUGUGUGAGCCUGACUCCAAACUUUAUUUUCUGACAUGUAUAUUGAGGUCAAUUGAUGUAUUCAUAUAGAUUGCGGUGCCAAAGCAGCGUUAAAGGUAUCUGACAAUUUAGGUGUUUUGGAAUUGUCCUUUGCUGGUACCACUGCAAUAUGAGGUUAUGAAUUGAGUCUUGACAGAGGCCAAAAACCUGUGGAUUAAAAGUUGACUACUGUAGUUUCAAGGAAUAACAUGCACAUCAGAACAAAGUGUCUGGACUGUUGAGGCAUUGACUGCCCAUGUGGUAGGAUAUUAUUCCAUGGUGAUACACUUGGUGACAUAUUGAAAGACAGAGGUGGAGACUUUAGAAUUCCUGCACUUUAUCUACAAAGACCUCAAGUUUUCAGUUUGGAGGUAAACCCACCCCAAAGAACUAGGAUUUACAGCCAUAGAGCCAGGUUUGCUUGCAUAUUUUGUACUAACGCUGGGAACGCUUACCAUUUAGCUCCAAUAUAGGAUCAUGGUCUGAAAAUUGUAGUUGUAAUGGGUCUAACUGGUUAAGAUUUAAAACCUAAAGCCCCUUUCUAUUAUACAGUAACAUGGACUGGGUUAAAAAAAAAUACUUUAUUGGUACAAACUGAAAAUUUUCCAUGAUGACAAGUAUUGAAACAUUGAAUAACAAAAAGGUGGUCAGAAAUCUGGUUUUAUUCUUGAUCAGUUUUAGAUUAAAAUUCUAAUUUUGCCAAUUUAGAGGCAAGAUUCAUGUGCAGCUGCAUGAGUUUAGACAACAUUUAACAUUUGGGACAUUUAAGUUUUAAAACUCAGGUAUUGGAUCAGUAUAGAAAUAUUUCAUAAAGUACCCAGCCCUAACAUGUCAGUGGUUUAAGGGUUCCUAUUUUAAAACAGCCAGGCUUUAAUUUUUAGAAAGAACCUGUCUUCAUUGCCAAACUGGGCUUUCAUUCACAUAGUUGUUCCCAGCUUAAACUCAGGCAAAGGGCCAUCACGACGUACAUUUCCCAUGAGAAACUCAUUGCACAACCUGCAGAAAUGCUUGGUUAAAAAGAAACUAAAUCUAUUUUAGUACUUUAUGUACAGUGUGUUAUUCAAAAAGUAAAAAAAAAAAAUGAAGGUACAAGGGUCUAAAAGUUCAAUUCUUCAUGCACUCCAGUGUUUGGUUUUGUAAACAAGACUUCUACAUGAGAGCAAGAUGUGCAAUCAAAAAGGCUGCCUAUAAAGACUAGAUAUUGUAAUUUUUUUUUUUUUUAUUUAAACACAAGCAUCAUGUUUGUGCAUUUUUCUUCUUUCAUGUGUGCUGUUUGCUGUCCAGGCUUUAAUGGUGUGUAUCACUUCCUUCUGAUGAUUUGUAUUGAGGUUGUUCAGAGAGGACCUGUCAUUUGUAUAGAGUGAAUAAUGAUGUUGUGAGUAAAGAAUCCAAGUACUGUAAAUAAUGUUACUGAAAGCCCCUGUGAAGGCCUCCCUUUAUUUCUAAAAUAUGACUUAGCAAUUGUUCUGCAAUUAUGACUUAAUUGGGAAAUCCAAUUUUAAUAUCAAAUACAGUUAAAGAAUCUUGUAAUCUGCACCCAUCAUCGUAAGACAAUAAAAACUGUAUCCUGAGAUUUGCAAACAUGAUUUAUUAGCAUUUUAACUACUGACAUUGCACAUAAUCCCCUCCAAAAGAAAAGCACACACACAAGUAAAAAAAAAAAAAAAUAAGUUUUUCAAUCUAUCCUUAACCGAGGAGUAAAGGGAGUAGUAUGUUUUAAGAAUUGAGGUGGUAACAGAACUAAACUGACUCCCAUAAUGCACCACCAACCUCAAACCUGCUUGGUUUUCCCUUCAACCAAAUUUAAAACAAGUUAAAUAAAAAUCAAGGCUGGUUCCUCAAUAAACUACUUGAUGUGUCCCAUUUAGGCAAUUAAAGAAAAGAUCAUUUUCAAAGGGGGGUUGGAAUAACUGGGCUACCAAGCAGAUUGUCCAUUCUUUCCCUUUUUUGUUUUUAAAGAUGUAUAAACUUCUAAAUAUGUACCCACUUGUAUUCCCUAUUUCCCUAGCUCAUCCCAAACAUCAUUGUCUAGAAAGGACAACACAAGACAAGAUGAGAUGAGGGGGCCUGAGGGAUGAUAGCGACACAGGGUGGGUUGGAGGAUAGGGCAAAUGCAGGGAGGGGAGAGCAGUGCAUGUGUUCUGAAAUAGAUCCAGCCCUCCAACCCUAGGACCUAUGAAAACAAAAAUAAAGAUGCAAGGGAGACACACAGGAAAUGAGAGAAAGACAGUACAGAAACAAAGAGUGAAAACACAAAAUUCACCUGACUAUAAAACAAUGAUUGUAUUAACCUGACCUCCAGGGUCAGAGCUCAGGUUUCACUCUGAAUUGUUCACUGAAUAAAACAAAAACCUUAAAGACUCCUCAU